GACAAACUGUGGCAGUCUUACAGUGAUGAAAAAUAAUUUGACAGAGGGACGAAUGGCUACAUUACAGUUUAGUAUACGCCCAGGCAGACCGAUAAAAUGGGAAAAGAAAAUCAACUCGACAUUCCAGCAGUUGUUCAAAGGCAAAGAUUAUGAAUUUACGAAGGAUGAUGAGAAAACAAUACACAACCUGGUAAUUCAUCUAAGUGAAUACAGUGACAGCGGAGAAUAUAGAGUGGAUUGUGAUAGCGCAGUGUCAAAUUCGGUACAUCUAUAUAUUGUUCCGACAGCCCCAACUGUUCCAGAAUUUUCAGGGAAAGGGAGCAUACCCGAGUGUAAAGAGUGUAUACUAGCAGAGCUGAAUGUACCGGUAAACGUAGAAUGUUUUGUGAGGGGUGGAACAGAGCCAGUAGUACUAAGCAUGUUUAAGGAUGGGAAUGUUAUCUCAAAUGUGAAUAAAUCCAUUACUAAAAGUAGCGUAAAUAUCUACCAUGCAAGGCACAAUUUUUUACCUAGAAGACAGGACUUUGGUGUCGUUUUUACCUGCACUGUAAAGAAUCCAGCGCUUAGGGUAGAGUUAGACAAGUCUGCACCAUUAUACAUAAGAGCUGAUCCAGAAACUGUCAAAAUAAAGGUCAAAGAAACGACAGAAAAUGAAUUAAGUGAAAUACAGUGUAUAACAGAGAAAGGAAGACCGCCCAGCAAGUCAAUGAUACUCAUCGAUAAGUAUGAAGAAGACAAAACUGAGAAGACAAAUGAAAUUAAGACAGACCAUACAUACAGCGUUACAACAACGGUGAUCAAAAACUUUACUCGGUCUGAUAACCAAAAGAAAGUAAUGUGUUGCAGCAAUAUCCUGAGCCGUAUUUGCAGCAAAAAGUUAAAUUUAAAUGUCCUAUUCCCACCGAAAACAGUUAGUGUGAAAGAAAUAAUGAAGAGUAACAAAGACAAUGGUGAAACAGAGCUAAUGUUAAGAUGUUCUGUAGAAGCGUCGAAUCCACGUAGUUCUAUUGAAUGGAAAGGAGUAAAAAAGGUUCCAAGAACUCCGAAAGAGACAAAUUAUACCAACCACAGUGAUACUAAUGGAUGGACAUAUUUCGCGGAUUGGGUUUUCAAUCUCACCAAAGAUGAUAACGGUCGUAGAAUCAGAUGUGAAGUUAAAAAUCCACAAUUCCCAAAUUUAGAGUUAGUGCAGUUAUACAGGCCAAAUAUUACUUAUGCUCCAAUUAUCACAGUAUCAGGACAAGAAAACGGAGUUGCCUACGUUGGUGAUGACGUCUUUAUUACUUGCCACGUGGAUAGUAAUCCUCCAUCAACGCUUUCGUGGUACAACCAAACUGACUUAAUCAAAGAAUUGUAUGGAGCAAAGAACUUUGAUCUUCACCUCGUGAAUAUAUCGUUUGAUCAUUCUCAGACAUACACCUGCACAGCUCACAAUAGCAUUGGUAGCAUCAAAUCCAAAAACGUCACCCUGAUCGUAAAAGAUGAAUCUGAGAAACCAGUAACUAAACCAACGACAGGCCAAGAAUCAGCUACCUCCUCCGUGGCCGUAGCAGUAAUUGGUUGCGUUAUUGCGCUAGUUUUUGCAGUGAUAGCGGUUAUUGCGUUUCUCUACUGGCGAAAGAAACGACAGAACACUUCACUGGAAAGAAAGGGAACAUAUCAAAUUAAAAUAGAAGAUAGAAAACCAAGUGUUCAUCCAGUAGGCAAUGGUAAGAAAAUUGUAUGAAGCAUUUCUGCAUAUCUGUGUACUUUUACUUCCGUUUGCAAGCUGUAUCUAACGGCAAAAUGUUUACUUUUAUUCAGAUAUUAGCGAAUGAA